UACCCAAGUCCAAUGCAAACAAAAAUCCAAUAGACUAAAAAUCAAAACCCCACAUAAAAAAUUGUCCCUUUUCUCAUAAAUCACAAUGCCAAGUAUUCUCCAAAUAACAACUUUCUUUCUCUUGAUAAUUUUCUCUCAUUACCUCCCAUUCCAAACCCAAGCUACCAUUUUCAAAACCCUAGAAAAUGAAGAAGCCCAAGAACUUGGGCUCAAUUUCAAGAAAGAGAAGCUUACUCAUUUUAGGGUGUAUUGGCAUGACAUUGUUAGUGGGCCCAACCCCACAUCAAUCCCAGUGGUGAAGUCACCCAAGAAGUCUCCAACUGCAUUUGGGCUUAUUAGCAUGAUUGAUGACCCACUAACUGAUGGGCCUAAAGUGGGCUCAAAACUUGUGGGUCGGGCCCAAGGCUUUUAUGGGUCAGCUUGCCAGAAGGAAGUCGGACUUCUUAUGGCUAUGAAUUUUGCUUUCAUAGAAGGGAAAUAUAAUGGUAGUACUAUUACAAUUUUGGGAAGGAAUAUGGUGUUUAGUAAGGUAAGAGAAAUGCCUAUUAUUGGAGGAAGUGGAUAUUUUAGGUUUGCUAGGGGUUUUGUUCAAGCUAGGACUAAAUAUUUGAAUCCUAAUGGGGAUGUUAUAGUUCAAUAUGAUUGUUAUGUAAUGCAUUAUUAGUUCAUCAUUUGUUAUGAGAAAUUUAUUGGAGUAUAAUUUAAUUUUACCCAA